AUGCCAUUCACGCUGUCUGCUACCCUUACUCUCAAUGCUGUAAUGUGGUUCUUCUAUGGCUUUCUCCUGCACGAUUACUAUAUUGCACUUCCAAAUACACUGGGAUUCUUGUUUGGAAUUGCUCAAAUGAUCUUGUACUUGAUAUACAAGAAUGUUGAACAAAAAUCAGAUCUAGAACAGCCUGCAGCUAGUAAGAAGGUGAAGCAAAUGACUGAGAGUUGUACUGUAGAUGAUCCACGCAUGGACAUUAAGAUGUUCGUUUGUGAUCAUAAUCCCAACAAAUCAAAUGAAAACAAGAGAAUGGAGAUGAUGUCUUCCGAUGUAUAA